AUGGAGCCCAAAGCCACCUCUUCCCACGCCACCACCACCGCUCUCUCCCCACCACCGCCGCCCGCCUACAACCCCGCCACCGCCAACCCAGAAACACCCACGGAGGACGGCGAAGAGCCAACAGAGCACGAGAAGGCGACGCUGCGGCAUGUGGCGGAUAAGCUGCCAAUCUCGGCGUGGUUUGUGGCCGUGGUGGAGCUCGCAGAGAGGUUUAGCUAUUAUGGCAUUUCGGGGCCUUUUCAGAAUUAUAUGCAGAAUGCCCGUGACGACCCGUUACGCCCGGGUGCGAUCGGGCUGGGACAGAAGGGCGCGACGGGGCUGUCGUAUUUCUUCCAGUUCUGGUGCUAUGUAACGCCCAUCCUCGGCGCCAUCAUCGCCGACCAAUACAUGGGCAAGUACAACACGAUCCUGCUCUUUGCGUGCGUGUACAUUGCGGGGCUGCUGAUCCUUUUCGUGACGUCGCUGCCGUUUGCGAUUGAGAGCGGCGCGGCAUUGGGAGGGCUUGUGGCGGCGAUGAUUGUGAUUGGAUUGGGCACGGGCGGGAUUAAGAGUAAUGUGAGCCCGCUGAUUGCGGAGCAGUAUCGCGAGACGAGGAUGAAGGUGAGGACUUUGAAGGGGGGCGAGAGGGUCGUGGUGGAUCCGGCGGUCACGAUUCAGAGCAUUUAUAUGAUCUUCUACAUGUGCAUCAACGUCGGCUCGCUCAGCAGCAUAGCGACCACAGAGCUCGAGCAGCACGUCGACUUCUGGGCCGCCUACCUGCUCCCCUUCCUCGUCUUCUUUGUCGGCGUCGGCGCGCUCCUCCUCGGCCGCAAGUACUACGUCGUGCGCCCACCGCAGGGCUCCGUCAUCACCGACGCCUUCAAGGCCAUGUGGAUCGGGCUCAAGCACGGCCGCGGCAACAUGGACGCUGCAAAGUCGGCGUAUCGCGAGGAGUAUGGCGUUACGCAGGCGCUGCCGUGGACGGAUCUGUUUGUGGAGGAGCUGAAGAGGGCGUUGGUGGCGUGUCGGGUGUUCAUCGACCCCCUCACAAUCAUCAUCUUCGUCCCCAUCGUGGACCAGCUCCUCUACCCGCUCCUGCGCCGCCUCAACAUCCCCUUCCGCCCCAUCUCGCGCAUCACCGUCGGCUUCCUCCUCGCCUCCCUCUCCAUGGCCUACGCCGCAAUCGUCCAGCACAUAAUCUACACCUCCCCCCCCUGCUACACCACCCCCCUCACCCCCUGCACCGUCCCCAACAAAGUCCACGUCGCCGUCCAAACACCGGGCUACCUCUUCAUCGGCCUCAGCGAGAUCUUCGCCUCCAUCACCGGCCUCGAAUACGCCUACACCAAAGCCCACCGGCCAUGA